CCUCCUCUUCGUCUACUAACCUUCUUUGUUGGCGCCUGCUUCUUGAUUCUCUCUCACAUCUCACGACUCCCUACCCUCGAACCUGAUGGCCUCUGCCAAUGACAAGAUUGUUGAUUACGAUCCAUUACUCCCUUUGUAUGUCAAUUAUCCAUCAUCCCAUGAAGAAACUGACGUGAGGAGGGAGGCUGGUCAUAGGGGAAUUAGUACUUUGCAGCAUUUCAAAACUACCAAGAGGACUAUGGAGCCAGAUGAUGAAGUGACUUAUGUGGCUAAGUCAAAGGUGAUCUGUCUUGACUAUGGACCUCCUGGUGGCGACGGUAUUUGGUCAAGACGAAAGGAGCGAAAGGAGCAUUUCGCAAAUCUCAGGGCUACAGGAUUGCUCGAAAAUCCUGGGUUUAAAAUUUGCAAGGAACCUUUUGCUGAGAAAUAUGAAGCCAAGUAUACAGCUUGGUUGGAGUGUGCCAAGAAGAUUGUCAACAAUUGAGUUUUUAAAAAAAAGAAAAAGAUUGUCAAGAAAAGUGCACAUCAAGAAACUUGUGGAGUUUAGAGACGUUGAUCGGAAGCAGUUCUUGAGGAGGGAGGCUGCUGGAUUAAAUUAAUAAUAUGAAAUAUCAAACUUAUAUACAUUUUUACUAAUUUGAACUGGAAGAAUUAAUAAUAUUGUUGGGAUUUUAAGGUUA